CACCCAGUUUUGUUGUAUUCAGAAGAGUUUGGGUUCUGCCAACUUCAAAUUACUCUCCUGGUUUUUUUUUUUAAAGUGUGUAUUCCCUUUGGCUGUUAUCCACCAUGCAAAGUGCAGAAUUUGACACUGCUCACAAUUUCCUCUUUCAUAAGAAUCCCAGCCCUUGUAGCUGGAUUGAAUGCAUUUUAAAAAAUAGGGUUGUCUUUGUUUCAGAUGGAGAAAUAGGUUGGGUAACGCUUUCUCCACCUCUCCUCAGCAAUUCAGCGUCUCCCCUCCCCCUCCCCACCAUUCCAUAUUCCUUAUGUGGUGGAGAGAGACUUUGUAAAGUGCUGCAGAAGAGGCAUCGUAGAAAAUUGAAGGCAAGCAGAUUUCUGUGGAGGCUUCAUUUUUUGUCAACUGUUGGAGCUGCAGUGGAAAUUGGCAACUUAAGGGUUAAUUCCAUUGUCACUGUUUAUGGGGUGUUGGGGGGAGAUGGUACCUCUCGUGGGAGAUACAUCAUGCUCCUACUGGGGUAGUUCGUCCGCUUUUGGUCCUCACCCUGCACUCGACUCACAUCUGUGGCUCCUAGAAUCUGCCAGCAUGUGACAGCAGUCACACUCCAGGAACAGCGCGCGCGCACACACACACACACACACACAAUUUUUAUUCACUUUUUCCAAUCAGUACAAACACCAAACUAAAAAGACAUGUUCAACAAAAAAACCAUAAUAACAAUAAUAGCACAAAUUGACAACACAAAUUUAGAUACAGUAAUUUCCCUAUGCCUACUCCUUGUUUAUCACCACUCCCCCACUGUUAUCUGCCUUGUCACUUAGCUAUUUGUUCCAAAUUUAUUCGUAUUUAUCCAUUCUUAUUUUGCGUCGACCAGCAAUUCUUUCGUAUGUAGCUAAUCUGUCCAUAUUAUCAAUCCAUAUGCUCAGUGGAAUCUUUUUGCAACUCUUCCAAUUCACCGAAACAAGAUUUUUUGCUUCUAUUAUAGCACGAUACAACCACUUUUUUUUGGCCCCUUGAGAUCUUCCAAGUUAAACAUUAGGAAGAACUUCCUGACAGUAAGAGCUGUUCAACAGUGGAAUUUGCUGCCAAGGAGUGUGGUGGAAUCUCCUUCUUUGGAGGUCUUUAAGCGGAGGCUUGACAGCCAUCUUGUCAGGAAUGCUUUGAUGGUGUUUCCUGCUUGGCAGGGGGUUGGACUGGAUGGCCCUUGUGGUCUCUUCCAACUCUAUGAUUCUAAUAUAAUUUAGAAAUAAAUUCAGUUUGGCUGGGCUUAACCAGGUGAGGGUAAGUGAUGCACCUCGAAUCUUCAAUGAGAUAGGGACUUCCCCAGCAUGCGAAGACAGGCUCCGGCAGAUUGAGUGGACAAGAUCAGUAGCAGGUCCAAAAGUCAAGAAGGCGGUUUCUGCAUGUGCUGUAGAAGGAAGUGAGGGGCAGACAGGGAUCACCAACCAGGUAAGGUAGCCCGUCUUGAAGGAAAACUCUGAUCCUAAACCUCGACCACCUUUGGGAGGGGAAAAAAGGCUACACAAAUCCAGAGUGGAGUCCCUGGCAGUUGUUUUGUACCUUGCCUCCUUCCUCCUGCAGCCAAGCUGGUGCCAGACAUAUUGCUCUGCUUUCCUUUGGAUACCAGCGAGGCCGAGAGGAUGGUCUUGGCAUCAUAAACGCUGCCCAAGCUUAUGCCCCUGGGAGGUCACUUGAGUGCUGACUUCACCCCUGGAGGCUCACUCCAUUGUCUCUUGAGACAGGUGGACGCCUGUUUGCUGAGACAGGAAGUGCGCUGAUUGGCUAUGCUGCUGUGAGGGAGUUUUCUGGUGAAUGUUAAGCUGGACCUAACCCUGCCCCCAAUGAGACCUGCCCCUCUCUAUUUCUUUAUCCUCAAACUAUACACUUUUUGUUGUUGUUGUUCAGUUUCCUCUGUAAAAUGCCACCGGGAUUUAUUUUGCCUCUAGACUCCGGUGUUAUGUAAGUGACUUUGCUAACACCCAUAACCACAGUGUAGUCAUAGCAGAGUCACUUAUUCCAGGUGAAACAGGGCAAGGAUGAAGUGCAAACUCUUGGCUCCUAUGUUGGUGUAACCCCAUAUACACAUUCUGUAGAUCUGUAGUCACAUCCCAUUUCUUCUUCUCUUAAAAGUUGAUAAAGCACUUUUCAGAUGCACAUUUAUGAUUCUCAGAGAGGUUUGUGAUACACAUAAAACAUUCAAAUCCAUAAAUAACAAUAGUUUAAAUGUCCAGGUGGGACAGGCAGCCCUGUAUUGGGAAGUUUUUAAUGCUUGAUGUUUUAUUAUGUUUUUAUAUAUGCUCUAAGCCACCCAGAGUGGCUGGGGAAACCCAGCCAGAUGGGCGGGGUAUAAAUAAUAAAAAAUAUUCUUAUCGUUAUUAUCAUUAUAUACUUUCAGCAACUACAGCAGCCAGAACUACAACAAAAAGGAAUCAGUUCAAUAGUCAGGACGUACCAGAGUAACUCCAGAGAUCUCUAACCACAUCAUCACUGCUUGCCUUAUUGUUUUACCGCUUAUGUAUUUGCCACCUUGUGCUCCUUUGGGAGGAAGGUCGGGAGAUAAUUUUAAUUAAUAAACACACUUAUUUCAUAUGCACAGUCUAAUCUAAGUUUGGGUCUGGUAGUUGUCAGGAAUGAGCCAGCAGUAAAUCACACAGAGUGGUUGACGCUAACUCUUGAUUAGAAAACAGGACCUGCAAAGGAGUGCUAAGCCUACUGAGCACAUAAACUCUUCUUCAGUAGAGACAAUUGCCUUCCCACAGCUCCCUAAGAGCCCUCCUCUUCUAGGUUUUCUCCAAGCAAUCUGAGACUGUGCCGGUGUGCCUGGAUCUGUUCCUGCCGCUUCAUGCCUUUUCUGGUUCUGGGAGAACAUCAGGGAAGGGAGCUUGUCGCAGAAGGCAGGGGAGACACCCGGGAAUCUGCACCAACCCGACUCAUCUCUGUCUCUUGGCCUUCCUCAUCCUACUAUCUGCCUCUGAGUCUGGACUGCUCUCUGUCACAGGCUCUCCCUCCUCACUAAGCCCUGUUACCUCUUUAGCUUCCGGCACCUCCUCUUCCCAGACUUCUCCCUCUGACUACUCACUGUUGUCCCAUCACCAAACUCUAGGCUCCAAGCCUUCUUCCCUUGGGGGUACCCUAGUUGGUUCCUCCCAACAUUCCCCUGAGUCCAACCAGUCUGUGACAAAAGUUGUGAAUCAGCGGGAGGGUGGACUAAGCAAUCUUUGGUUGUUUCUAUAUCUUUCAUUUUCUGCUGCUCCAAAGAACUGGCUGCUUUAGAAAUCUAGUCCUGAGCCACUUCAAAGGUGCUGAUAAAUGCCUUUGAUCUGCCAGGUUGGGACUGGAGGAUCCUAAUCUCCCUAACCAACAUGGUAUUACUUAUAUUUUUCUUUUCUCGUGUGACUUCACUUUUUUUUCCUGCUUGCUUGUUUAAUAUAGCUGAAUUCAAAGGGGGGAACUAUCUUCAGUUAAAAGCAAAAAAAAAAAAAAAAAGCCAAAGAUCCCCCCCCAAAAAACUCUCCUUCAAUCUUUGCCCCCCAUCAGUCUGUACCAGAAGCUUAGCAAAUACCAAAUUAAAGCCCCCUCCCCCAAGAUCCUGGCUGGUGUCCAAAACCCUUCCAGAAAAGGAAACAUUGAUAAAAUCAACAUCUGCCUUGUACAACAAGAUAGCUGAAGAAAGGCUUGUGCCUUUGGUGGUUUGGCUGUGUAUAAUCUGAGUCUGUGUAUAAUCCAUGUUGUAUUUUGAACUGCGGGUGCCUAUCCACAAUUACAGCUCUCUCUCUGCUCAAUAAACCUGGCCAAAGUACAUUGUGCCCUGAUCGUUUUUGUUGGUUGCUUUUACACAGCAAAGGAUUUCUGCAAAUAAUAAAAAAAAAGUCUUUAACUUUUUUCUCUCCUUCCUGUUUUGAUAAGAAAAUAAUAUAACAGGAGUCGAGUUCCUUCUUUACAAGGAUGAGAGCCAAGGCUUUUUGUUGUUGAUUUAGGGAAAAGGACUCGGCAUUAGGUUUCCAGUGGGAAUAAACAGCGUAUAAUUUGAGAUCUGAACCGACUCCCUUGCUAAGAUGUAUUUUGGGACACGUGGAAUAAUAAAACUCCCCUCUUGUUCUAUAUUUGAACUUCAGUGGUAUCCAAGGUUUUUAUUUCAUCUCCAGGCCAAGUCCAGCUCUUUGGGGGCCUUGGGGUAGCUUGGCUGGGGUGGGGUGAUGGCUUUACAUAUCUGGGGGAUAGAACUAAGUAAAGGCACAGCCUGGUGUAAGGAGGCAGUGAUUUCCAUCCUGCCUUGUGUCCAUGGCAAUCAAAGCUGUUUCUGUUCUACUACAGUUCAGCUUCUGCUAAAAACAUCCUCUACAGACGGAAUGAAUGUAGUUUACUGAAGAAAAAUCAGCAAGGCAUUUAAAUGGAAGGGAAAUGUGAAGAACUGGGCAGAAAAUAAUGGAAUUGUUUAUGCAACAUUCAUGGACACAAACAUAUUAGCCAAUACCGCUCACAUUCGCUUGCAUGAUUUCCGUUUAUGAAAUCGGGCAAGCAUGUGAAUUGUGGCUGACGGAAUUCUCCAACAUCCCUUGACACAGAUAAUCAGGUCUGAAAAGAAGUCAGACAGGUGACCAGAGGACCUGUUCUGCAAUGGGGUUCACACUACUGUAUUAGACUAGGGUCUAGAUGAGUUUGGAAGCAGGUAAAGAGCCCAUGCCAAGAGAGAACAAAGAUGGCAGGACUGAGUCUUAUUUGAUGGGUCUGGGCAUGGCGACUGCCCACCUGCACCUAUGAGAUAUGAAAACACUGUUUGUACCAUGCUGUACUCUGCCAUCUUUGCAUUUGCGCAUGCUAGAAUGUAUUUUGUUAGACUGGUUAAGUUGUGAUUCCUGCAUUGUAGGGAUUGGUCCUUCCAAGUCCAAAACUUGAUGAUUCUAUGACAGGCAUCCCCAAAAUGCGGCCCUCCAGAUGUUUUAGCCUACAACUCCCAUGAUCCCUAGCUAACAGGACCAAUGGUCGGGGAAGAUGGGAAUUGUAGUCCAAAACAUCUGGAGGGCCGAAGUUUGGGGAUGCCUGUUCUAUGAGAAACCUUACUUUGCUCCUGAGAAUUAGCCAGAUGAAGCCAAGCGACUAAUACACAUUGCGACAAUGCAGCAUGUACUGAGAACUGAUCAUUUGAAUUGAGACCAUUUUGCAUGCGAUGUACCAAUGGCAGAGGGACAAACCGGCUCUGACCAAUACCAAUAGCGGGCAUUUGGUUACAGGAUUGGUGCGGGGGGUCUUUCUGCAUUUCAUGAAUGCUGAGCACCAGACCUCAUAGCCAAGUGCCAGAUCAGACCAAAAACCUAUCAGCCUUGCCCAUCAGAUGGCUCUCUAGAUCAGCAUGCUUUUUCCCAUAGUGGCUGACCAUUGUGACCAUCUUUUCUUAUAUGUGAGUUUGAGUUAGUUAAUUCAGAUAAACUGUGUACCAUAAACGGUUCCGUUGCGCUAAUUAAACUGUAAGAGAAGCAGUUGUGCACCAGAAGAUUAACGGCAAUCUCAGAAUGAAGAAAUACAGUAGUACUAAUGUUUGUGGCUGGCUGGGAUCUUGAACAGGAACAGUCCGCAAUGCAACAUUUUGUUUCAGAUUUCGGUUGUCUCUCUAAAUGCAUCAGUCUUAUGUCUGAACUGCGAGCUUUCCAGAGGCAUGUGGUUUCUUAAAAACAAUUCACUGAAGUAGUUGGAUGGUUUUUGCUGUCCAGUAUGCAGAUUCCAAUCGCCUUCUCUCACCCCACCUCCAGCUUUCUUUCUUUCUUUUUUACCCCUCUGAAAAAGCACUAGUCUGAGCUGCAUGCGAACAAUUUCUGUGCAGUAAAUCCACAGCCUGUCUUUGGGCUUCCAGAAGCAUUAGUUGAAUUGUUUGAAUCAAGGGCACAGUGGAGACUGUUCCAUUCAGUGCCCAUGUGUUCAUCCCGAUAGCCCUUUGUUCCAAGAGUUGGAGGGCUGCAGAGUUUUGCUGAUGAAAGUGCAAAAACAGCUGUGGCUUUUUUUUAGCAGCUCUCUAAGAUCAAUCUACUGUUUGUAGACCUCGGCAGACAAUUGGACUGCAUGCUCUGUUCGCUGGCUUUGCACAAUGCAAGCUUGUGACCUCUGCCUCUGGCUGCUGGGGAUCUGAAAGUGUUGACGUAGAAGACUUGGGCCUGUGCAAAAGUUUAAUUAUGUUGAGUGGAUGUGGAUGGCAGAACUGACCGAAUGCUUCUCUGCAAAUGCCUCCAGACAUUUAUCACACAAGCUGUGGCAUCCUAAAUUGAGUUGUUCCAGAUGGUCGCCAUGUAUUGUAAGCAGAGAGCAGGGAGCUAUGGGACAAAAAAAAAACCCUGGUGUGCCAAUUCUAGACCUUCACCACCCAUGACCUACCAAAUUGGUUGUGUUUAAGGCAAUGUGCUUCCCAGUUUGUAUCUUCCAAAGCGUAACCACUGCAUUCAUUUAAUGGGAGCCCUUCUGAGAUUGUAUUGCAAUCUUCCCCCAACCGGUUGCUAUGCAGAAACCCUGUCCAGCAAACUGGGGAAAGUCUUUAGUAUGCAUAGAACAAGUUGUACAUACCCCGAACAAGGGUCAUUAUUAUUUUUUUAAAUCGUUUUGGAAGGGCAUAGCAUCCACUUCAUAUUGUCUUGGCCCUCGGUGCCGGAUGAAGAACUUGUUCUCCCAGUCCAGUUUCCGCCAAAGGCUUUAAUGCACAAAUCAGAUUGGAACAUAGCCAAGGCAUGGGUUUACAAGAUGCAGCUGGCACAAAAGGGUUAGAGGCACGGCUAUGUGGAAGCUAAGAUGUUGAUCCAACAUGCCCCGUACACCUUGCUUUUGAAGAGUGGGGCAGGCACAAUGUCAGGAGUAUGGGGAGGAGUCAGGCUCUGGGGCCUGUAGUGCUUUGCAGGACUGGGGCCUGCCUCAGCUUGUGCUGGAGAAGCAAGGAGUGGCCACACAGGUGAAGACCUCAGCUUGUGCUGGAGAGGCAAGGAGUGGUCACUCAGGAGCAAAGCCCCAGCAACCAGACGUCAAUAGCAAUGAUGCAGGAGCCCCAGGAAAUGGUAGAAGAGACUGUAACUGUGGAGGAAGACCCUGGAACCCCAACAUCCCACGUUUCCAUUGUGACUUCAGAAGACGGGACCACGAGGAGGACUGAGACCAAGGUGACAAAAAUGGUGAAAACCGUCACAACCAGAACUGUCCGGCAGGUCCCUGUUGGGCCUGACGGGCUCCCUGUGAUGGACGGAUCAUCUCCCAUGGGCAGCUACACUGACUCCAUAGACAGGAGACACCUGAAGAACGGGGAGCGUUACAUCACGCCGCAAGCUUCUUCCACCUUGACCCGCUCUUACAACAGCUACGACUCCUAUCCCGAUGGCCACGACAGCCAAUACCGCCCGUUCAUGGGCCACGACGGUUACGGGGACCUCCCCGACAACUACGGUAGCUUGUCCCGGGGCGUCAAUUACCGCCCGCGCUACGGCUACGUCCCCGGGAACAGUUACCGGCCGGAGGAUGGUAGCUUCACGUUGCCAAGCAGAAGGGAUAACUACGGCCCGCUACCCCAACCCCAGGUCCCGACGGGUAGCAACGCGGACCUGAACCGCUCCCAGCCGGAACGAUUCCAGCCGGAGCCAUACGGGCUCGAGGAUGAUAACCGCAGCCUCGGGGUUGACGACGAGGGGUACGAGCUGGAUCCGGAGUACUCGACGGUGAACCGUCGGACAUCGGCCGGGAUGCCUGAGAGAGGAAGACCUCACAAGACAAGCAGGGGUUACGAUGACCCGAUUGAGACCGAGAUCGUCGACGAGAGGAUCCCCUACCUGCAUGGCAGCUAUGCGGCACCCUUGGCGCAGCCCGAACGGGGGAGCAUGGCCAGCAUCGACCGCCUGGGCAAGCGCUCUCCUUCCAUUGACAGCAUCCGCAAGGACCCCCGCUGGCGGGACCCUGACCUCCCAGAAGUCAUUGCGAUGCUCAGCCACCCCAUCGAUCCAGUCAAGUCCAACGCGGCAGCGUAUCUCCAGCACUUGUGCUACGAGAACGACAAAAUCAAGAAGGACGUGAGGCACCUCAAGGGCAUUCCCAUUUUGGUGGGCCUGUUGGACCACCCCAAGCCCGAAGUGCACCGCAAGGCUUGUGGGGCGCUCAGAAACAUAUCCUAUGGGAAGGAUAAUGAGAACAAGGUGGCGAUAAAGAACUGCGAUGGGAUCCCGGCUUUGAUCAGGUUGCUGCGGAAGACGAAUGACAUGGAAGUUCGGGAGCUCAUUACAGGCACCCUCUGGAACCUGUCCUCCUACGAGCCCCUCAAAAUGGUGAUCAUUAACCACGGUCUACAGACCCUGACCAACGAAGUGAUCAUUCCCCAUUCCGGCUGGGAGAACGAGCCAAACGAAGACUCGAAGCCUCGAGACGCCGAGUGGACAACCGUCUUCAAGAACACGUCAGGAUGUCUGAGGAAUGUCAGUUCGGAUGGAGCGGAAGCGCGCAGGAGGCUCCGGGAAUGCGACGGCUUGGUAGACGCCCUCCUUCAUGCCCUGCAGUCUGCGGUGGGCAAGAAAGACACGGAUAACAAGUCUGUGGAGAACUGUGUGUGCAUCAUGAGGAACCUCUCUUACCACGUCCACAAAGAAGUCCCGGGAGCUGACAAAUUCCAGGAGCUGGAAGCAAAUCAACUUGGAGGCCUGGGAGGAACUCAGAAGAAGAAGAAGGACGACGCGGGCUGCUUUGGAGGGAAGAAGGCCAAAGGGAAGAAGAACGGAGACGUGGACAGAAACUUUGAUACACUGGAUUUACCUAAGCGGUCUGAGUCAGCAAAAGGUUUCGAGUUGCUCUACCAGCCCGAAGUGGUGAGGCUUUAUCUGUCGAUUCUCACUGAAAGCCAGAAUUUCAACACUCUGGAAGCAGCAGCAGGAGCUUUGCAGAACCUCAGUGCCGGAAACUGGACAGUGAGUGAUUGGUCCACGUAUAUCCGUGCGACAGUGCGAAAGGAGAGAGGCCUUCCAGUCCUCGUGGAGCUCCUCCAGUCUGAUUCUGACAAAGUCGUGAGGGCCGUGUCCAUCGCUCUGAGGAAUCUCUCCAUGGAUCGCCGCAAUAAGGAUCUCAUAGGUAGUUAUGCCAUGGGGGAGCUAGUGAGAAAUUUACCCAGCAAGCAACAGAGGUCUUCGAAAAACCUGGAGGAGGACACUGUGGUUGCAGUCCUGAAUACCAUCCAUGAAAUCAUUACCGACAGCGUGGAAAAUGCCAGGUCCCUGAUCCAGACGCAAGGCAUUCAGAAGCUGGUCGCUAUCAGCAAAUCGAGCCAGUCUUCCAGGGAAACGAAAGCAGCCUCUCACGUCCUUCAGAUGACCUGGAGUUACAAAGAGCUACGGAGCAUUUUGCAGAAGGAAGGCUGGAACAAAUCCCAUUUCCAGUCUGCGUCUGCGACUCCUAAGGGAUCCAAAGGCACCUCUUGCAAGUCUGGCUAUGACGACAGCACCCUGCCUCUUGUGGAUAAAAGUCAAGAUAACGAGAAGACUGGAAGCCGGGAUAUGAUUCCUAUGGAUGAACUCGGGCCAGAUGGCUACUCAACCAUCGAUCACCGGGAGAAAGAGCGAAAAUACAAAGCCAACGACAACAUGGGAGACGCGUCGGAGAAAGAACCACUAAAAUUCCUCCAUUUGGAAACCAACCCCAGCCUUAAAGUCUAUAGCUGUGCAGGAGACUUUGUCCUGAGAAUAGUCACUACCAGCACCUCUGCUCCCUUGUGGUUUCCGUGGUGAGAAGAACUGGAACUGUGUGCGAGUGUCUGUGCAAAACUAGGCGAGGUCUACUCCAUAGGCUUGUGCUCAGAUAUAACCUGGUUUCCCAUCCAUCCAUCUUACUGGUGGACAUGGAACAUGCACCCACUUAUUCCCUAUGUUACGGGUUCCAGUGUUCCUGGGAAGGGCUGUAGUUCAGUGAUAAGAGCAUUUGCUUGCUACUAGAGAAGCCAGGAACUGCACCAGCAACAAAUCCGUAUGGCUUCUGCCUUCGAAAAGCUCCUUGCCCUCGGUCCUCUCCCAAUAUGUCAAGCUGCGCUCAUCAUCUUUUUCUCUUUUUUUGUCCUUACAGUUUUGUAGUUAGCAUCCUGUCCUGGGGAACUUUGUAUCAAGUUGCAAGGAUUGUUUCAGCUCAGCAAUUUUGUCAGGGACUUUUAAAUUUCCAUCCGCCUGCCUCGUUAGGGUAAUCCCUUGUCUUCCCAGCCACACUCACAGUGGCAACUCCAAUAAGCCGCAUGCUUUAUUUAGCUGUGCUCGAGAGCCUUAAAGCUGUGGUGUGAUCGCAAGACCCACUGCCCUCUUGACCCGCUGCUCUGCUUUCCAUACGAAGUUCCACUGGGCAGCACUGUUAGUGGGUGAAGAUUACAGCUGUGUGUGGAUGAUGAGACCUCAGUGACCCUUAUAGCUGGUCCUGCCCCAGGGACACCAUUCUUGUUGAUACCCAUUUGGCCUGACUGCAUUCUUCUCCUAAGCCUGUGCUCGGCCAGGAAAAGGGACCUACCAGCUAUCCCCUUUUGGCCCAGGUGAGCAGCACACACAUUGCACCUGCCUUUUGUGCCAGGAGCACAAAAGAUAGGAGAGGAGAGAAUUUUUUUGCAGAGCUUUCUCACCUCAAGUGAUGGUGGUGUCUUGACUGAGCUGUAGGCAGCAACCUGCGGCAAGGCAGCCCCUAAGAACCAAGAGCCAGGAAGCAAAGCGAGCGCUCGGGUCUGAAGAGUGAGUCAGAACUAAAGGACAAACCAAGAGGCAGGAUCCAAGCUGCAAGUGAGAAGUCAGGACUAGAGCAGCGUGCAAAUGGCUUCUCAUGCUCCAACCUGCUUGCGGGUAGAGGAAUCAGGAGGGUGUAACCACUUGACUAAAUUUCUCAAGGGGAAGGAAAAGUUCUCCGACAGUUUCUCAAAGAGGUGGAGCUCACUUUUAGCAGUAGCACAGGUCCCUGCUCUCCUCCCCCCUACAAAGGUAUGUGUGUGUUAGUGCGGCAUUGGUUCAAGAUGGGCAAGUGUUUAUUCUGUUGCAAGGUGAGAGAUAGGCCACAUUGCUCCAUGGGCUGUAUACUGUAGAACAGGCUUCCUCAACCUCGGCCCUCCAGAUGUUUUGAGACUACAAUUCACAGCAUCCCUGACCACUGGCCCUGCUAGCUAGGGAUCAUGGGAGUUGUAGGCAAAAAACAUCUGGAGGGCUGAGGUUGAGGAAGCCUGCUGUAGAACAAGAAGAAGGCACAUGUUUCUUACAAUGCAGUCCUAGGCAUGUCUACCCAUUGAGUUUAAUGGGACUUAACUUCUAGUCCUGUCUGCUGUCUGCUGAGCAACAGCCAUUGGGUACCACAAAUCAAUACAUACAGAGUCAUCCUGAAGAGCUAAAAUGGGCAUGAUGCAGGAUAUCGUUUGAAUGGCCUGGCCCUGGUGGGUGUUGUUUUUACUUUGAAUGCAGCUGUGGGCGUUCUGAAUUUUAUCAGAGUAGCAGCCACAGGGUGGUCAAUCCUUCCUUUGUGGGCUAUCUUUCCAAUCAAAAUCUCCUCCUUUCCGCAAGUGCUUUCUCAACUACAAGGGGAAAGAUACUAGUUCUAGGCGUAUUUUUCCCCGAAAGGAGAAAAGAUGCUCAGGAGAGGAGCAGCUGGCAGCUAAAGGAUUAAGCACUUCUGCUCCAAUCAAAUUCAGAGCCUCCACAACUGCUAUUAUAAAAAAAUAUUUAAAACCCAGCAGGAGACAUACCAAGUGUCACUGGUAUUGUUUUGUCUAUUUAUACAAAAAGAAAUUGAUUUUUCCAACAAUGAGAACAAUCAUAAAACGGUAGAAAGCAGUAGAAGUAUGAAAGCUCCCCAGUCUCAUUCCUGCAAAUUAAAUAUUCAAAUGUUGCAGGUGCCGAAAUGUCUCUGCCUUUGUGGAAGUUAAAAUAUGUAAGCCAGUGCUUCAUCUUCGGCUGCUGGGCAUAUGCCUUGUGCCAUUUAGGUGCUUGGUUGCUUGAUGUCUCACACUAAUAAGGCAUUAGACUUCUGGUAGGUCUCUGCAUUUUCUCUAAGGAAGCCGUUCUUGACCCCAAAAUGUCAAGGAGCCCAGCUGGUUCGUAGGGGUGCUGGGCGAGGUCCUUCUGUUGCUCACUAGUCAGCAAGUUCUGCUUUGUAUUCUUCAAAAGCCUUUGCCAAAAAUGUGAAGUUCUGUUCUUAUUAGCAAAGCAAAAUGAGGUCAUAUACACAAGCUGGAUAUUUUGGCUUCCCUCCUCUCUCUCUCUCUCUCUCUCAGUUCAAGUCCAUGCUUUUACGUUUUACUCUCAGGCUCAAACAUGAAUCAACACGAAACAUGGAUCAAGGAAGGAGAAUGAAGUUUUCUCCUAAUGCCUUUCCCAAGUUCAGCUUUUGCCACACUCUGAGCAAGCCAGUAGCAGCCACUGUUAGAAUGCAAAGCAAUACAUUUUGGGGAGGACCUGUGGCCCAGAGGUCGAUUGCUCCGUUAGGCGGAGCCACAACACUAGCUUCUGGACAGCAGAGUUGUUGCCGCUUACCGGGAAGAGAAGAGGGCAAAGCAGUGGGGAGGUUGGUGCAGUGUUUGCACACUGGCAGGAUUGCCGGAUUGGCUCUGCUGAUGUGCUUGCACUGCGUUAACCUCCCUGCCACUUUGCCACAUCUCCCUUGCUGGGAAGCUAACACUCUGUCCUAAUCCCACCCUGGGCAAGUCACUUCCACUGGGCAGACCUCCAGAUGUUCUUGUACUCCAACUCCCAUCAGCUCCAGCCAGCAUGGAGUGAUGGGAGUUGUCGCCCAGCAAUUUCUAACAGGGCAGGGUGCAGAUUCCCUGCCCCUGGCAAUGCAAUAUCCUCCUCUCCUCCAAAGGCAAGGUGUGUGUUGAUCUCCAGUGCUUGUAGUUGAUGGGCUCCACUGCCGCGAGAGCCACUUGCCGUGAGCUACAAUUCCAUUGAUGCAUCCAGCACUGUGUGGCUAGCGCUCACCGCUAUUGUGACUGGAGUUUGGAAUGACGCAUGCUUUUGACUGAUUCUGUCUCUCUCCCUGUUUCUCUCUCGUUUUUCUUUUCUGCACUAAUGCUACCUUGCAAACCUUUUGAACUGGCAAGUUUGUUUGUUUGUCUGUUUGAUUAAUCUGCUCUGUUUUGCCUUUUUAACGCCUCACCCUGUCUG